AUGACCGACAUCAACCAGAGCAUCGUCGACCCCGUCGCCAACAACGUCCAGCCUGUCGCCAAGUCCGAGGACGACGACAAGAAGGUGUUUGCCGGCAACCUUGCCUUUGCCACCACCGAGGAGCAGCUCAAGUCGCUCUUCUCUGAAGCUGGUAAUGUCACCCACGCCCAGAUCAUCACUCGCGGCACUCGUUCUCUCGGGUACGGAUUCGUCACCUUCUCCACCGAGGCGGAAGCACAGACUGCCAUCCAGCUGCUCAACAAACGCGAUGUCGGCGGCCGCGAAAUCAGCGUAGAGUCCGCCAAGCCCCAGUCGGCUGCCGCCGACGCUGACAAGCCAAAGGCGCGCAGGACGCGUUCCAAGAAGGACAAGGAGUCGUCGCGUGCGCCACGCCGUGCCCGCGCCGAUGAGGGCGAGGAGGGCGCUGCCGAGGACGACGCAGCAGCGAAAGUCGCCACCAACGGCGACUCUGCAAACGGCACCAAGCCUUCCAAGUCGGCCAAGCGCAGGCAGAAGAAGAAGGCUGCUGCUGCCGCCGCUGCUGCUAACGGCGAGUCUGGCGCUGCUACCGAGGGCAAGCCCGAGUCGAGCGAGGCCAAGACACGCGCGCCGCGUGCCAAGCGUGACCCCAAGGGCACCCCUCAGGGCGAGCCUUCCAAGACGCUCGUCUUUGUUGCCAACCUCGCUUUCAGCACCACCGACGACUCGCUCAAAGCCGCCUUUGCAGACUACAAGGUCAAGUCGGCCCACAUUGUCAAGCGACGCAACGGCGACCGCUCCAAAGGCUUUGGCUUUGUCGACUUUGAAGACGCCUCGGAGCAGCAGCGCGCCAUCGCCUCGGCGCAGGGCAAGCAGAUCGACGGCCGCGAGGUCACCCUGCAGGUCGCCGUACAGAACGACAAGGCCGAGCAGCAGACUGGAGCUGCUGAGGCUGCUCACACCGCCGCUGCCUGA